UACAGUUAAUUUGAUAAGGUAAAGAGUUGUGCAAACAUUUCAUAGUGGUGGACGCGUAGUUAAUAAAAUGGACAAAUAUUUUGAAGAAAAACGGAUACUAGUCACAGGAGGAUGUUCAGGUAUCGGGAGAGGUGUUGUUUUAGAACUAUGGCGGUUGGGUGCGAAUGUCGUAGCGUUAUCAAACCAAGCUGAAAACCUUUACAAAUUGAAAAGUGAAUAUCCGUCAAUAGAGACCGCCUGCGUCGACGUUCGCGAUUGGGAUAAGACGCGUCAAGUCGUUGAUUCCCUCGGAGUUUUCCAUGGACUGGUCAAUUGCGCGGGAGUGGGAUUAAUGGAGCCAUUUCUAGAGUGUAAGCCGACAACUUUUGAUGAGUCUAUUUCUAUUAAUGCAAAAGCUAUUCUCAAUAUAUCCCAAGUUGUCGCAAAGAAGAUGAUUGACAAUAAAAUCAAAGGCUCCAUAGUUAGCAUAUCUUCACAAGCGUCAAAGGCGGGAUUCCACGACCACGUGGCAUACAGCGCGUCUAAAGGCGCGGUGGAUGCGAUGACACGGGUAAUGGCCGUUGAACUGGGGCCUCACGGUAUACGCGCUAACGCCGUCAACCCAACAGUGGUACUAACGGAACUGGGCCGCGAAGUCUGGGCGGACCAAACGAAGGCAAAACAGAUGAUGUCCAAAAUACCACUUGGCAGAUUCAGUGAAGUGCACGAGGUGGUGAAUGCAAUAAUAUUUCUGCUGAGUGACAAAGCGAGCAUGAUAAACGGAGCCCAACUUCCCAUCGACGGUGGAUUCUUAGCGACGUAGUUAUUAAAGAAAUUGUCAAAAUAUUGGCUGUUAACGAAUAAUUCCUAACUAAUUAAUCCUAAUCCCAAAGAUAUCCUAUAAAUACGUUACAAAGAGUAUAUCAAAAAUUAUUUCUAAUCUCAACCAAAAUAUUAAACAAUAUUUAAGGACAUCAAAUAAAAAUGGACAACUUUAAUUUUACCUGGUUUAUUGUGCCAAAGGAAUUAAUACAUACUGGACAUAGAAAACAAUGCAAGCAUUAACAAUUUAUAUAAUAGAAGCAUAAUUAUAUGCUAAGAGCUAUAAUUGCCAGCACGGGACAGUUGUACAACAAACACAUUCACGUAAAUAAACCUCGGUCUAUGUCACAUUAAUAGGAUAACUUCAAGUCUGGAGGGAACUGUCGCAUCCCGCACCUUAAAUAUACAAGUAUUUAUAGAUCCAAAAGAAGCUGUACCCUCUAUUUACCAUAAUAUCCUACAACUAAACGAUUCGUUCCCUCCUUUCGUCUCACACGCGGACCCCAUUUCAUAUAACGAUAUCAGCGUCUGUACAUGAAGACAGGCUACACAACAAACAGAGGCAAUCAAAUUAUAAUAUGCAAUAAAAUAGCCAAAUAAUGACUAUACUCUACCACGACGCAUAUGCAAUGAGACGCUUACAGCGCCAAACGAAUCGAUGUGGCUAUUUUCCUUACAAAAAUUACAGAGUGCGAAAACAGUCUCGAUGAUAAAAUAAGUUCCAAACAAUACAUUUUUCUUUUAACAAAGAACAUUUUAAAUCCGCGAAUCAAGUAUAUAUUAACAUGUGAAAUUUUUACAACUUCUAUUAUUAUUUGAUGUAGUGUUAGGCCCUACAAGGCAAAGUAAAUCUUCGAAAACUAGACGACUUACGCAACAAAAACUCACACAACGACAUUUCAAUCUGCCAAAGAUAGUUGCUCACAACCUGUUUGUCAAAUUCAUUGUGAGAAAAGUCACCGAAAU